GAUGCUCUCUUCUUCUUCUCGACGAUAUAUGCCAUAAUUAUUAAACUUCGAACAGAUUGCUUUGCUUGCGGCCUACUCAACAAUCCAUUCUUCUUUCAACUGCGAGACUUUUGCUACAUUUCCUCCGCACACCACCGCUUUGUCGCCGUCGAUGGCCGCACUUGCGGCGAAGCGCGCGGGAGUGCAUUUGGUAACGAGUUUCGCCCGCCGGCCUCGAUUUGAUUGCUCCCGGAGCUUUUGUCAGCAGUCUAGCUCCACCGCCAAGCGAUUGUUCUUCGUCGAUACUCUGGCUCUUGUGAGGGAAUUGGAAGGUCAAGGAGUGCCGUCGAAGCAAGCAGAGGCCAUCACGGCGGCUAUAACUGAUGUAUUGACAGAUAGCUUGGAAAGCGUGUCUAGGUCUUUUGUUUCUAAACAUGAAUUGCAGAAAAUUGAGAUGACUCAUGAAUCAAAUUUGUCAAAGUUCAAUGCUGAAGUUCGGAGUUCUCAGGAAAACCACUUCUCUUUGUUGCAACACGAGGCUGAAAAGCUCAAAAGUGAUAUUGAAAAGAUGCGCCGUGAAUUGAGGUAUGAAAUGGACAAAGCCACUGCUAGCCAUAGGCUGGAUCUUAACCUUGAGAAGGGGAGAAUUCGGGAUGAGUUAUCAAAUCAGAACCAGGAAACCUCCAGCCUCACAAACAAAAUUGAUAGAGAAAUCCAUUCAUUAAGGGCGCAAUUGGAGGUAGCUAAAUACGAUUUUAUAAAGAACUGCAUUGGCACUCUUGUUUCUAUUACUGCUGUUAGUUUGGCCGUAGUUCGCAUCCUUAAGUGAGAUGUUGCCUUACACCGGAUGUUGCUAGAAGAAGUUAGGAGGCUCCUUAUCUAUCGCCAUCCAUAUUGGUAAAUGAUUGAACACUCGUUUAGAGAGUAGAAGUUUCGAACCACUGCACAUUAUAUGAGUAGUAGAGAACACCUCUGCAAUUCGGAAACAUUGCUGUAUGACUCUUGUGAGAAUGUUUAUCAAGCUUUGGGUUCAUGGGAAACAUUCCAGAGCAUCCCAAUUUAAUUGCAUUUCCUAGAUUUCUUAUAUUGCCAAGCUUUUGCUGUCUUUGCGUUACUCGUAGGGUUGUAAACGAACCGAAUCGAAUAUUCAUGAAUAAUAUUCGUAUUCGUUU